AUGGUGUACAACCAGCCGACCACCAGGUGCAGCUACACGCAAGCAUUGGAACGCGAGCUACGAUCCAGUUCUCGCACGCUGCGUACUUUGGACGACAGCUGUGCAGGGCUGGAGCAGAAGCUUGCGGAUCAGACCAGCAACGCCGUGGAAGUCUUGGCCGGCCGCCUGAAGGUCAAGCUACGCUUCUCUGGCAUGCGAUGCUUCAUGGCUUGGCGCCAAUGCCUUGUAGUCGAGAAAGCCCAGAGGUGGCGUGAAGCCGAGGCCAAGCGCAUCUUGGAUCAGUCGGAUGCCCAACUUCUGCGUUUGCAAGGCCGUGCCUUGCAUGCCCUCCGUGCUGCCAAGCACCGUGCAAUCGGCCUGGAGCACGUCGGGGAUAUGCUGUUUCGUUACCACAUGAAGAUUCUGCAGGUGCACCUGUUUAUGUCGUGGCGGUUACAUUGCAAGGCGGAGAACUUCUCCAAAGCUUGGCAAACCCACAAGACUGAGCUCCAGGAGCGACGCCAGGAGGUCAUUCGCCAAGCGCUGGAGUCAGACGAGGAUAUACCUGCUCCCAUUUCAGAUGAGCCGAUGCUGGUGGAUGACUCGCAGGAUCAGCUGGCCCAACUGCGUGCAGUACAGGCAGCCGCAGCUCAGGAUGCAACUGAGCGCGCGGUGCGUCGGGCCCAGGAUGAGGCCACGCAAGCAAGGCGAGGAGCCCAGGAAGCCGCGGAGCGCCUGCGGGUGGCACAGCUGGAAGCUCGUGAAUGGCUAGCUGCAUUUGACGCAGCGAGCUUGGAGCUCGCAAAGGCUCAGAGCGCAAACGAGGACGGUGCGGCCGACGAGGCCGUGGAGGAGGCUGCUGAGUAUUUGCGUGAGGUCGAGGCUGCGAAGGCGCGUGCGGAUGCAGAAGUGAUCCAACUGCAGCAGGGAGCUGCCACAGCGGCUCGCAACGCGGCCGCAGCCGAGGAGGUCCUCGAGAAAGCUAAGAGUGCAGCCGCCGCACAGCUGCGGGCCAUCGAAGCGCGGAAGGCUGCGGAGGAGAAGGUCGCCAGCAAGGCCCGGGCUGCAGCCGAGGCCGAACGAAGAGCUCAGCAGCGUGCUCACGCUGCGAAGAAGAAAGAGGCUGCUUCGCAGCGUGAAGCGAGUGCCGCGCUGCAGGCACCGGCAACGGCAGAAAAACGCCCGGCCACAGGUGUCCUGCCCUCCACAGUCCAGGCAGCUCCGCAGACCGUGCUUCAAGAACCCUCCGCAGCAACCCGAGCCUUGGUGGAGGAGGACCUGCAAAAGGAAGGCCUGCAACUAGAGGAAGAGAUGCAGAGGCACGAAAAGGAGGAAGCCGUUAAGCCUCCACAAGAAGAAGAACGCCAGAAGCAGGAAGAAGAACGACGGAAGCAGGAUGAAGCCCAACGCGAGGAAGAGAGGCUGCUUGAGGAGGAAAGGAAAAGGCAGCUCGAAGACAUGGAUCGAAGACGGGCGGAGGAGCUUCGGCAAGCUGAGGAGCGGAGAAGGUAUCAAGAGGCCAUGGAGGAAGAACAGCGGCGCCUUCGCGAGGAGGAGUUGGAAAGGGAUCGUCAGAAGGCAGAGCAGCUUGCAGACCGAAUGAGCUCCGAGCGGCAGCAGGAGCUCCUCAGCGAGUGCACCAGGCUUUGGCAAGAAGCUGCACAUGCUGUUGCAAGUGAGCGACGUCGCUUGGAGGCCCGGCGAAAGCAUGAGGAAGAAGUGCGACGCAUGAAAGAGGAGGCCGUGGCAAAGGCGGAGCGAGUGGCGGACUCUGUUGCUGAAAAGAUGUACAGGCAGCAGUGCGACUUUCUUCUACAAGAAGCAUUCAGUUGCUGGUACGAGGACCACAAGGAGGCUUCGGCAAGGAAGAAGGAGGAGCAAGCAAAGCAGGCCUACCAGGAGGAGAAGAAGCGCUUGCAGCAAGAAAGGGAUGCCCAGGCAGCAGAAUCACAGAGCCUGCGUGCGGAGGCAGAGAGGAAGGCAUUGGAAGAACACAGAAAGCUGAAGCAGCUCGAGGAAGCGCGCCGGCGAGAGAUUUACCCUGAGCACCUUUUCCUUUUCUUGAAAUUGUUGCCUUAA